AACCUGAAAAACCGAAAGGCAUUAGAUUUAAAAAUCGCACGUCGAAAAGCGUCUGCUUCGAUUGGCAGCAAUCCGGACAUUUUGACCAGGUGGCCGUCAAAGAUCAUGAAAACAAAAGAUACCCUCACUUUAGAUGUCACGUGAUUGACAACAACAACAACAACAACAACAACAAUAAUAAUAAGUUUGUUGAUUGUUGUGUUCUAAACCUGACGUCAUCUGGCACUAAACACGAUUUUCGAGUUUCGUCAUCAGUGAAUUCAUCUGAUGGCGAUGCUGUUUGUUCAGAUGAAUCCGAGUUUGAAGAGUUUACCGCUACUGCUACAGCCACCAACAAUUUCGAUUAUUUAAUCGUUAAUUAUAGCAAUCACGCCAUGCCAGAUAAGUUUGUCAGAAUAAAUUUCUCGAAAUCUGAACUAGAGAAUAAGACAUUUCGACUUUUAAAUUUAAAUCCCGGCUCGCUUUAUAAAGUUGAGGGUUAUUUUGUAACAAGAGGCGCAACGCUCGAUGUUAAAGGAAGACAUUUUAGUAUCAAUUUAACCACAAACUCUGGAACAUGCACUCAUUUCAAUGUUGUCUACACCGAACUAGACUACUACAACAUUACUACUACUACUACAAACAAUAAUAAUAACAACAAUAAUAAUAAUAACAAUAAUAAUAAUAAUUUUAGUAAUUCUGGCAGUAUUAGUAAAUAUUUAGCUUGUAAUAGUAAUGGAAAUAAUAGUAUUAUCACUUUAAAUGAUCUAAUUGACGACGCGAGAUAUAAGAUUGAAGUCUAUACUGUUAGUAACUUUAGUAGUGUUAGUGGUAGUAGUGGUCGUAGUGGCAGUGGUAGUAGUGGUAGUGGUGGUGACGACGACGGCGACGACGAUGGAGACUACAUGGGCAAAUAUGUGGCUGUUUCUUUGGAGGUUGUUUCAACCGAGGCGUCUAUUGGUCUGUGUUUGCUUGUUCGCUAA